GACACCAAACCAAGUCUACUCUUCAAGGAAAUUAAAUAUUCAACUAUUAUUUUUCUAUAAACUUGAUUCCAUUAUUCAUUGGCCAAACAUUCAAGAUAUUCUUUUCUAUUCUGUCCUGGUUUAACUAUAAGUACCCAUAUCACUAAAAAAAUAACAGUAAGGAAUCACUAAAAAAUGGAUAUGAUCAUGGUGAUCUUCUCAUCAUACACUAAUUCUCUAAUGCUAUUCAGUAAACCCAUGUUUUUACAUGGAUUUUCAGCUUGUUUACACCUCUCUCUGUUUCUAGCUAUGUUUAUCUAUUGGAUACUGAAGAGACUCCAAGCUGUUAAUCCUAGUCCUCCUCCUAUACAAAGCAUCUUCAAAGAGAAAACCAGAUUUCUUUUGUAUUAUAAGCCAACCCUUUUGUUAUCUUGUUUAGGUUUAUCACUACUUAAUCUUAUCAUAUUUGGGUUUAGUCAGUUUAUGUGGUGCACAAUUGGUUGGUCUGAUGAAAGGAUUUUGGUUCAAUUUGAUUUAGUACUUAGAGUUCUUGCUUGGAUUUCAAUUUUUGCUUAUUUGCAUGUUCAAUUGUCAAGUGAGCUGAAAUUUCCAGUCUUGUUGAGGGUUUGGUGGGGUUUUAGCUCUUUUAUGUCUUGUUAUUUUCUAGUUAUAGAUAUUGUCAUGUACCGAAAAGAGCAAAUUUUGCCUGCACAGUUUUGGGUUUUGGAUGUUAUAUCUUCUGUGGUGGGAUUAUUCAUCUUCUAUGCUGGGAUUUCUGUCAAGAAGAAUGCAGAAAAUACCCUUCAUGAGCCUCUUUUGAAUGGCAAUGGUGUUAUUGGUGGUGAUAUAAAUAGCAAUAAUAAUGUGUCAAGUAAGAAUAAUAAUGGUGGUGAAAAUGCAACUCCCUUUUCUACUGCAAGUUUUUUCAGUCUCCUUACUUUUUCUUGGAUGGGACCUUUGCUUGGUGUUGGUAACAGGAAAACGCUAGACAUCGAGGAUGUUCCUGAAUUAGAUGUUGCUGAUAGUGCUAACGGUAUCUACCCAAUUUUUAGAAAUAAGCUUGAAUCUUAUUGUGCCGGUAGUGAAGUAAAUACGUUCAAACUAGUUAAGGCAAUAAUCUACUCGGUUUGGCGAGAAGUUGCAGUGACAGCUUUACUAGCAAUGAUUUACACAGUUGCUACCUAUGUUGGGCCUUACCUUAUUGAUACCUUUGUCCAAUGUCUCAAUGGCCAUCAAGAAUUCAAUCACGAGGGUUAUGUUUUGGUGUCUGUAUUUUUCCUUGCAAAGCUCGUUGAGUGCCUUGCACAAAGGCACUGGUUUUUCAUGCAGCAACAGGCUGGUGUAAGAGUCAAAGCUGCACUGGUUGGGGCCAUCUAUUCGAAGGGUCUGACUCUGUCAAGCCAGUCGAGACAGUGUCACUCAAGCGGUGAGAUCAUUAAUUUCAUGACUGUGGAUGCUGAGAGGAUAGGGGAUUUCAGCAGGUGUAUGCAUGAUCUAUGGAUGGUUCCAAUCCAAGUCGGUUUAGCCUUGAUUAUCUUGUACAAAAACCUUGGGCUUGCUUCAGUUGCAGCUUUUGUUGCCACUGUCAUUGUAAUGCUAGCAAAUGUUCCUCUGGGUGCAAUGCAGGAGAAUUUCCAAGAAAAAUUGAUGGCGUCAAAAGAUAAAAGGAUGAAAGCAACAUCAGAGAUACUUAGGAACAUGAGAAUUCUGAAGCUCCAAGGCUGGGAAAUGAAGUUUUUGUCUAAGAUUAUUGAUCUCAGGAAAAGCGAAGAAGGAUGGUUGAGGAAGUAUGUCUAUACAUCAGCCAUGACCACCUUUGUUUUUUGGGGUGCCCCCACGUUUGUGUCCGUGGUCACUUUCGGAGCGUGCAUGCUUAUGGGAAUUCCACUUGAGUCGGGAAAGAUUCUAUCAGCGCUUGCAACAUUCAGGAUUCUACAAGAGCCUAUAUAUAAUCUCCCAGACACAAUAUCAAUGGUAGCUCAGACUAAAGUUUCACUUGAUAGAAUUGCCUCAUUCCUCUGUCUCAGUGACCUUGAAGAAAACAUAGUCGAGAAACUUCCAAGAAGUGCUUCUGGUAUUGCACUUGAAAUUGAAAACGGGAAUUUCUCGUGGGAUCUCUCUUUGUCAACUCCUACAUUGAGAGAUCUAAAUAUUCAAGUAAAUCAUGGCAUGAGAGUUGCUGUCUGCGGUACUGUUGGCUCAGGAAAGUCGAGCUUUCUUUCCUGCAUCUUAGGAGAGGUACCCAAGGUAUCUGGUACGGUUAAGAUUAGCGGAACGAAGGCUUUUGUUGCUCAGUCCCCAUGGAUACAGAGCGGAAAGAUUGAGGAUAACAUUUUGUUUGGUAAGGAAAUGGACAGGGAAAUGUAUGGCAGGGUCCUCGAAGCAUGUUCACUGAAAAAGGACUUGGAGAUUUUGUCUUUUGGCGAUCAGACAGUCAUAGGGGAAAGGGGAAUCAAUUUGAGUGGUGGACAAAAACAAAGAAUACAAAUUGCUCGUGCUAUAUACCAGGAUGCUGAUGUUUAUCUGUUUGACGAUCCUUUUAGUGCAGUCGAUGCUCACACGGGAUCACACAUUUUUAAGGAAUGUCUACUUGGGCUUUUGAGUUCCAAAACUGUGAUUUAUGUUACACAUCAAGUGGAAUUCUUACCUUCUGCCGAUCUUAUUUUGGUUUUGAAAGACGGGAAGAUUACUCAAGCAGGGAAAUAUGAGGAUAUUCUCAAUUCAGGAACAGAUUUUAUGGAACUGGUUGGUGCACAUGAAAUAGCAAUGUCGGCCCUUGAUUCUUUUGAGGCAGGAGUAAAAAUAACUGAUGUCGGAGAGAAUUUUCAGCAAGUGGUGCAUAAAAAAGAAGAUAAAAGAGACGAACAGGAAUGUAAAGCUGAUGAAACAGUAGUGCCACAAGCCCAGCUGGUUCAAAAAGAAGAGACAGAGAAAGGCCAAGUUGGUUUUUGGGUGUAUUGGAAAUAUAUAACCACUGCAUAUGGAGGUGCACUUGUACCACUGAUACUGCUAGUGCAGGUAACUUUCCAGGCCCUUCAAAUUGGGAGCAAUUACUGGAUGGCUUGGGCAACCCCGAUAUCAAAGGAUGUAGAAUCUCCGGUUAAAGGCUCCAUUCUCAUCCUUGUAUACGUUCUGUUGGCUGUAGGAAGCUCCCUUUGCGUUCUUGUGAGGACCACUCUUGUUGCAACUGCUGGAUACAAGAAUGCAACUCUGCUCUUCAACAAAAUGCAUUUGUGUAUUUUUCGAGCUGCCAUGUCAUUUUUUGAUUCCACACCGAGUGGAAGGAUACUAAAUAGAGUUUCUACAGAUCAAAGUACAGUGGAUACCAAAAUUGCAACUCAAAUGGGAUACCUCGCCUCUUCAACAAUACAACUUCUAGGGAUAAUUGCAGUAAUGUCACAGGUUGCAUGGCAGGUCUUCAUCGUGUUUAUCCCCGUAAUUGCAAUAUGCAUUUGGUACCAGCGAUAUUACAUAUCCACCGCUCGAGAUCUAGCUCGUUUAGUUGGAAUCUGCAAAGCUCCAGUUAUUCAACAUUUUGCUGAAACUAUAUCGGGAUCAACAACCAUAAGAAGUUUUAGUCAGGAACCAAGAUUUAUGGACACAAACCUGAAGUUGACGGAUGCUUGUUCCCGACCUAAAUUUUACAGCGCAGUUGCAAUGGAGUGGCUAUGCUUUCGCUUGGACCUGUUGUCAUCCGUUAUAUUUGCCUUGUCAUCGAUUUUCUUGAUCUCCAUGCCACAGGGUGUGAUUGAUCCUGGUGUUGCAGGUUUAACGGUGACAUAUGGACUUAAUUUGAACAUGUUACAAACAUGGGUUAUUUUGAAUCUUUGUAAUGUCGAGAAUAGAAUCAUAUCAGUUGAGAGAAUACUUCAAUACUCAUCCAUCCCUUGUGAGCCUCCCCUUGCUAUUGAAGCAAGUAGGCCAUUGCAUGAUUGGCCAUCUCAUGGAGAAGUUGAUAUUCGUCAUCUACAGGUCCGGUAUGCCCCACACAUGCCUCUUGUAUUGAGGGGUCUUACAUGUACCUUUCAGGGAGGAAAUAAGACGGGUAUAGUCGGGAGAACAGGUAGUGGUAAAUCAACUCUCAUUCAGACACUGUUCCGGGUUGUCGAUCCAUCUGCUGGUCAGAUUCUCAUAGAUGGUAUUAACAUCUCCACCAUUGGACUGCACGACUUGAGAUCAAGAUUAAGUAUAAUUCCACAAGAUCCAACCAUGUUUGAGGGUACCGUGCGAAGCAACCUAGACCCACUGGAGGAGUACACCGAUGAACAGAUUUGGGAGGCUCUAGAUAAAUGCCAACUGGGAGAAGAAGUGCGGAAGAAAGAAGGAAAGCUUGAUGCUUCAGUUAUUGAAAAUGGAGAGAAUUGGAGUAUGGGUCAGAGGCAACUAGUUUGUCUAGCGAGGGUACUUCUAAAGAAGAGUAAAAUCUUGGUGCUUGAUGAAGCUACCGCAUCUGUCGAUACUGCUACCGAUAAUCUUAUCCAGCAAACACUCAGACAGCAGUUUUGGGACUGUACUGUUAUCACUAUAGCGCAUAGAAUAACUUCUGUACUUGAUAGUGACAUGGUCCUGCUACUAGAUCAUGGGCUUGUUGUGGAAUAUGACUCUCCAACUAAAUUAUUAAAAAAGAAGAAAUCUUCGUUUUCAAUGCUCGUGGCAGAGUAUAGCUCGAGAUCAAGUUCUAGUUUCCAGACAUGAUGGAGCUUUGGAUUUUAAAUGACUCCUCUUUGGUACAAUGAAGACAGACUCCUUUAUAUAAACGCAGGAAUAUAUCUCAUUCAUUGACCUUUUUUGCUUCUUGUGUUUGUUACGAGCACUCUGAACUUGCUAGCGUAUACUCAGGUUUGUAAGACAGUCCCAAGUGGCACAACCACUACUUUCUUUCGAGUCCUACGAGUCUUUUCCAAAGACUCCUUGAUUUGUUCAUCAAACGUUAUUCACUAAAUUUAUUGGAUAACCAACCACCGUAAUUAGCCUGUAUGUAUAUGGAGAGAUAACAACACAAGGGCUCUCUUUCACUACAGAAAUGUAAGGACUACAUCAUGUGUUAUAUGGUGAACCCCUUGACGAUCAUUGGAUUACCGUAGCUCUCAAAACAAAACCCCCCUGUUAGAAAAAACAUAAAAAAGAAGAACUUAACUAAAAACAAAUCCGUUUUCAUAAAAACUAACCCUUCCAUUUCUCUCUUACUACUAGUACUGUUAGUACUCAGCCUGCAAUCCAACAACAACCUUCUACUUCUUGUUCUUCAACUUAGACUUUAGGAAUGUAAAACUACCUACCUUUUCUGAUGAAAAUUCAACAGGAUACGUCAAUGGAGUCUGAAAAACCCUCAAGUAACAAAC